UUCAGCCUUUUUUAUGAAGUUUUCGUUUCCUCUGAGUUUAUUUUAAACGUUAUGUCAGCUAUUAUAUGCUGCUAAUUAUCUGGGAGCGUUUUUUAAAGAAACUACAUUAUCAUAUGUGUGUGUUUUUUAAAAGUGUGUACGUGUUUUUGUUUUUUUUAAACAUGCUUGUUAAUUACAGCAGCAGCAGCUCAGAAGAUGAAAAUGAAGCUGUGUCUCCUUCUAGAAAGAUCCAGAAACUGAACGUUAACGCGAAGGAUGUGAGUCCAGCUGGUGGAGAAAUGCGAGGAAACGUGACCAGGUUUGGGUGGUGUCUGCAGUGAAGGCUGAAGGUUCAUGUCAGGACUCUGUGGAUCGGCUUCCUCUUCCUCCCUCCGUGAUGGAGAUGUUCAGAGACUCAGAAGAGCAGCACAUAGAUGAUCACCGUCAACAUGGAGGACGGAUCAGGUCUUUCCAACACGAGAGAGGAAACUGGGCUACGUAUGUCUAUCUGCCAUACGAGCCCGAAGACGCAUUUCUGGAGCUGCUGAACGAGCUACGGGUUUGCGCCGCAGCUCAUGGCGUCACCUUGACUCCAGCCGAAGAGUUUCACGUCAGCCUUUCUCGGACAGUGGUCCUGCGGCACCACUGGAUCCAGCCGUUUGUUCAGUCUCUCCGUUCUGAGCUGGCGACGUGUCUGGGAUUUGUGUGUCUAGCAGAUAAACUGAAGGUAUACACCAAUCCAGAAAAAACAAGGACUUUUUUCGGGAUGGAAAUCUCCACGGGUCACAUGCAGCUUCUUGAGGUUGUGAAAAGAGUUGACAAGCUCAUGGAGGAGUUCAACCUCAGCACUUACUAUGAGGAUCCAUCGUUUCACUUGAGUCUGGCCUGGUGUGUUGGGGACGUCGCUGAAAAACUGCAGCCCGAGUGUUUAUCGGAGUUGCAGAGUCUCGUGGACGGCCAUGAAGAUGGACCUUUCCAAAUAAAGCUAAACUGCAAGGAGCUUCACUGCAAAACAGGGAAUAAAUUCUAUCGCUUUCCACUUCAGUGACAAACAGCAGGAUGGAUUGGACAGUGAAUAUAUGCUGAUAGUUUCAGGCAGAUUAGAAAAUCCAGACUCGCCAUCCUGAAGGUGGAUAAAUGUAGUAUUGCACUGUGUGAAAGAUUUAAUAACAUUUUUUUACCUACAAGGAUAAGAAAAUCAAAUCAGAGAAGCUAGAAUUUCCAUUACAAAUCUUCGAGCCUGCACAAUAAACUGAAUUAAAAUAUUUUUAUAUGGUUUAACAUAGGAAAUGGUUUUAACACCCUUUUAUUAUUAGUUUUUUAUUACUGUAAUAUUUUUAUUAAGGAACUGAAACACAGAAUUUAGGAUUUAUUUAACAUUAUAAAGCGAACUGCUUCUUUAUGUACUUUUAUAAUAAACAGUCAAAAGUUUGGAUUUGUUUUCUACAUUUUAGAACAACACUGGAGAUUUCAAAAUUAUGAAAUGACACAAAUGACAUUAGGUAAUUAGGUAACGACUACAGUCACUUGUUUUAUCUAAGACAUGAAGGACAGCUGUUCUGGAACAGUUCUUGCAAGAACGUUGUUGUCAAACCCAUCAAGCACCAUGAUGAUGAAACUGGUUCUCAUUAAGACCUUCCCAGGAAAGCAAGACCAAAACUUUCCUCUGCUGGUUCAUUUAGAGUUACCAGCCUCAGAAAUCACCAAUUAAUAAUUAACAGCGCCUCAGAUUAGAGCCAUUAUGAAGGAUUUACAAAGAAUAAGUAGCAGAUACAUCUCAAUAUUAACUGUUUAAAGGUGAUUA